AUGUCUCCGUACGCCGUCGCCGUCCUCCUUACCGCCGUUGUCCUCGUCUUCUGCUACGUCAUCGCAAAAGCUCGAGCUAGCAACCGCAAGCUCCCGCCCUCGCCUCCUCGGCUGCCGCUGCUCGGCCACCUCCACCUCCUGGGCCGCCUCCCGCACCGCUCCCUGCGGGAGCUGCACGCUCGGUACAGCACCGACGGCGGCCUCCUGUUACUGCAGCUCGGACGCAGGCGGACGCUGGUGGUGUCCACGGCCGCGGCCGCGGCGGACCUGUACAGGAACCACGACCUCGCCUUCGCCUCCCGUGUGCCCAGCGCCGCAGUGAGCAAGCUCACUUACGGCUGCAACAGCAUAUCCUUCGUGCCCCACGGCGAUGCCUGGCGCCGCAGCAAGAAGAUGGCCGUCAUCCACCUCCUCUCCCCGCGCCGCGCCGAUUCCUUCGCCCCCGUGCGAGCCGCCGAGGCGGCCGCCCUCGUUGCCGGGAUCCGCCGCGAGAUGGCGGCAGCAUCUGGGGAUGGCGCCGUGGAGCUGAGGGAGCUCCUCUACGAGUACAGCAACGCGGUGGUCACCCGCGCCACCACCGGCACCGCGGGUGCCACCGCGGAGAGGAUUAAGCGGCUGUUGGGGAACUCCGCGGCGUUCAUGUCGGGCCUCCAGGCAGAGGACGUGAUGCCGGGCGCAGCGGCGAAGGUGGUGAGGUGGGCAACCGGGUUCGAGAAGAAGCUCGACGAUGAGGUCGAGGCGUGGGACGAGUUCCUGUCGGAGAUAGUUGCCGAGCACAUGGAGAAGAAGGGAGACGGUGGCCCGGGGGAGGAGGACUUCCUGGACGUCUUGCUACGGCUGAGGGAAGAAGGCGCCACCGGAUUCGAGCUCACCGACGAUUACAUCAAAAGCAUCGUCAAGGACAUGAUCGCCGCCGGAACAGAGACAUCCUCGGUCACGCUGGAAUGGGCCAUGGUGGAGCUUGUCGGGAACCAUCGGGCAAUGGCCAAGCUGCAGGAAGAGAUAGCCAGAGUCACCGGCGACAGCCCGGCCAUCGAGGAAAACCAUCUUAACAACAUGGAGUACCUCAAGGCGGUGCUGAAGGAGGCGCUCAGGCUCCACCCGCCGGCACCGCUCCUAAUCCCGCACGAGUCCACGGCGCCGGCGGUUGUACAGGGUUACGAGAUCCCGGCGAAGACGGCGCUCUUCAUCAACGCGUGGGCGGUCGGGAGGGACCCAGCUGCGUGGGGGGAGAGGGCGGACGAGUUCCAGCCGGAGAGGUUCCUGGGCGGCGGCAGCGCAGUGGAUGUGGACAUGAGAGGAAACGACUACCAGCUCCUCCCCUUCGGCGCAGGCCGGCGGCUCUGCCCCGGCAUCAGCUUCGCAAUGCCAGUGCUGGAGCUCGCGCUCGCUAGCCUCGUGCGCCACUUCGACUGGGAGCUUCCCGUCGGGACGCAUCUGGACAUGAGUGAGGCGUCGGGGCUGACCACGCCGCCUCUGGCUCCUCUGCGCCUCGUCCCCAAGUGUAGAGCGCUUGCUUAAUUGCGCACAGCAGUAGCGGUGCUACUGCCCACUGGUAGAAAUAGUACUAUUCAGAAAUCUAAAUCUAGACGAACUUGUGAUAUCUAAAUUUAGAAUCUAUCUAUCUGGUAAUAAUCCUGCCGGUGCUUACGCCGUC